AUCACGGAAGUGCAAAGAGACCGUUUCCACUGACGGGUGUUUCUAAAACGAGACAAUUAAACAUUCAUUUAUCACAUGGCGGCGAAGGGGGCGAAGGAGACCCUGGUCAAUAAACUGGGCUUUAAAAGCAGCAGCAGCUCAAAGUCAGCAGAGCUGGAGGUGGAGAAACUGAAGAGAGAGAACCAGCAGAUGAAGAAAAGCCUGGAGGACAUGAAGAGAGCUGGAAGACAUCAACACACACAUCCAGACACUGACAAAGCCAAACUUCUCGAGAGGAUCCUGGCACUGGAAACGCUGCGGGAGAAGAACAAUCAGCAGCUGCAGGGCAGGGAGCAGGAGAUCUCCGCCCUCCGGCAGCAGCUGCGCUCUGCUCAUGGAGAGGUGGUGUCUUCACUGCAGAGCCAGCUGGAGAACAAACAACACGAGGCAGAGCAGAGAGAGAGACAGUAUCAGGCCCUCGUGAAGGAGACUGAAGACCUGAAAAACAAGUAUUGUGCCGUUUCUGAGAGGUGUGACACUCUAGAGAAACAAAAGGGGUCUUCUGGCGAGCUUGCGGUGGUGCAGGAACAGUUGCGAGAUGCUCUGGAGAAGAACCAGCACUGGCUUGUUUAUGACCAGCAGCGAGAGGCCUACGUUCAGGGCGUUUUGGCCAGAAUCAAGGACUUGGAGACGCAGUUAAAUGAAGCAAGUCAAGCACUCCAACAACAGCACAAAGAAGCCAAGUCUGAUGGUCAGUCUGCACAGGAGGCUCAGCGAGAACUGGAGGUCGAACGGACCAAAGUGAGCCGAAUGCAGAUUGAGGUGGAGGAUCUUCAAGUCAGAUAUGAGGAGAAGAGCAGGGAAGCAGCUCAGGCCCGAGAGCAGCUGCUGGAGGAGAGGAGGAGAGAGCGGGAGGACAGGAAGAGUUCAGCGGAGAGAGACGCUCGACUGCAGGACCAGCACAGGAAGAGAGAGGCUGAGCUCAUCAUGCAGGUGAACCUAUUGCAGAAAUCCCUGAUGAAUCAGAAGGAGGAGCAGAAAAGAAUGGCUCUUUUGGAACAGCAGAUCCAGCUGUCUGCUAAAGAGUCAGAAAAUGAAAGACUAGACCGUCAAACUUUACAGCAUCAACUGCACAAAGUUUUGAAGGAGCUUCGGAAGGCCAGAGACCAGAUCACACGCCUGGAGUCUUCCAAGCAUCAGAGAGAGUCUCGUUUGUCUGAGCCCAGCUCCUAUAACAGGAUGGAUCUGGAGAGACUGACCAUUCAAGAUCACAUGACGUCUCCAUCUAAAGUCCAUAACGUACUAGAUGAGAGUGUCCUGGAGUGCCCCAACUGUGGCGCAUCUUACCCCACCAGCCAACACAGAGAGCUGCUAGCACACCUCGACUACUGCUUCACCUAAAACACUGUAGAGUAACAUUGGUGACUUUGACUAUUGUAGUCACCAUCCCAAAGGCAUUUUCAGUGUUUUAUAUUAGGAAGUAUUUUCGUAAAAACAGUAAGUAGUUUCAUUUUUAAAUUGUAAAAGUUUGAAGAGAUUUUCCUAGAAUAUAUCUGUUUACAUCGGGUGUAUUUAAAAAUGUUUUAAUUUAUGAGCUCAGAUGCACAUUUUAUUUUCUUAUUCCCCUUUUUGGUGACGAGGUGGCUCUUUUAUACUCCGUUUGCAUACAUGCAUCAAUUCAUAAAAGAAUAUUUAUCGUUUUCUCCUUUUGUAAAUCAGUGCUGUAUCUAAAAAAACAACUAGAUUUUUUUUCCCAUUCAGUCCUUCACUGAAUUAUAUACUUGAUUAAAUAAAAGGAAAAAGGCAUGAGGUCUGUUGGGUGCUUGUUUCCCUGGUUUUCCUCUGUGUUCUCACACCACCUCGGAAGUGUUCCUUAUCUAGGAAUGACUCAUUAGCAUCCAUCAGUCCUGACCGUGCCAACUAAAGCUGUCUUGA